AUGGCGGACUCCGACAACGAUUCCGGUGGUCCACACGGCGGGGGAUCGAGCGCUCAUGGCAGCGAGAUGUCACCGAGAGAACAAGACAGGUUUCUUCCGAUAGCGAACGUAAGCAGGAUCAUGAAGAAAGCACUUCCCGCCAACGCCAAGAUCUCAAAGGAUGCAAAAGAAACAGUUCAAGAGUGCGUUUCAGAGUUCAUCAGCUUCAUCACCGGCGAAGCCUCCGACAAGUGCCAACGCGAGAAGCGUAAGACGAUCAACGGCGACGAUUUGCUGUGGGCGAUGACCACCCUCGGCUUCGAGGAAUACGUGGAGCCUCUCAAAGGAUACCUCCAGAGGUUUAGGGAGAUGGAAGGAGAGAAGACAGUGGUGGCGCGUGACAAGGACGCGCCUCAAGGUUCUAAUAGUGUUAACAACAGUUCCUUUGAGAGUGGUGGUAAUUAUGGUGCCGGGAUGAUGAUGCAUCAAGGACACGUGUAUGGUUCUGGUGGAUUUCAUCAAGCUAUGGGUAAGGGUGGGCCUGGAUAUCCUGGGCCUGGGCCUGGACCAAAUUCUGGUAGGCCCAGAUAA